AUGAGCGGAGCUGCCUUGAAGUUCGAAAACCCGAUCCGAGAUGCAAUUUCCAGAAUCCGGUUCGCUCCGAAAUCAGACAACCUCCUCAUCUCUUCUUGGGACUCUAGCCUGAGAUUGUACGACGUCGGAAACUCGGCACUCAGGUUAGAAGCUUCGUCGGAAGCUGCGCUCCUCGAUUGUUGCUUCCAGAACGAGUCCGUCGCUUUUAGCGCUGGUUCUGAUGGCUUCAUUAGAAGGUAUGACUUGCAUUCUGGAAUUCAUGAUUCAAUUGGAAAUCAUGAUGACACAUCAACAUGUGUUGGAUAUUCUGAUGAAACCUCCCAAGUAAUCACUGCUGGUUUGGAUAAGAAGAUAUUGUCAUGGGACACACGUACGCCGAAGGGUAUUGCAUGUGUAAGAAAUAUGGAUUCAGAGGUGAUGUCCAUGUCACUCUCAGGCUUUGAUAUGAUGGUAGCCGUUGGAGCAUCAAUAUGUGUAUAUGAUUUGCGCAGGCUAGAAAAACCAUUUCAAUCAAAAGAUUCGCAUAUGGGUGUUCAGAUUGUAUGCGUUAGUUCAAUUCCGUAUGCCAAAGGAUUUGCAGUUGGCUCAGUAGAUGGACGUGUAGCAUUGGAGAUUUCCUGCCCAUCGAAUUCAGAUGACAUCAGAUAUAUGUUCCGGUGUCAUCCAAAGUCAACUGACAGCAAAUAUCAUCUGGUGUCGGUGAAUGACAUUGUAUUCAAUCCGAUCAUCUACGGUGCCUUUGUUACUGCUGACAAUGAGGGUUAUGUUACUGCAUGGGAUGCUACAAGCAAAAGGAGGCUGUUUCAGUUGCCUAGAUACCCAAACAGUGUGGCAUCCUUAUCGUACAAUCACAGGGGACAACUUCUGGCUGUUGCAUCAAGCUACACAUAUCAAGAAGCUAAUGAAAUAGAAGAGCCUCCUUUGGUAUUCAUACAUGAAGUUGACAAUGACAACAUGAGAUCUGUAUCUGUUGGAAGUUCAAGCAGAAGAUAA